UCUCAGGGUCCACCUGGACGAGCUGGCUUUCCGGGAGACAAAGGAUCAAUGGGCAUUCCUGGAAGAAUGGGCAUAAAGGGGAACUCUGGGGAGAAGGGAGCACCAGGGGAGCCGGGUCUGUCUAUCAUUGGCCCAAGAGGACCUCCUGGACAGCCUGGCACUAGAGGAUUUCCAGGUUUUCCGGGUCCCAUUGGCUUAGACGGGAAACCUGGACAGAAUGGUCCAAAGGGAGAUAUGGGUGCUCGUGGUCCUAAAGGAGUUCCAGGUGAACCUGGUCCAAAAGGAGAGAAGGGUGUGUGUGGUGACUAUACUCACAGGCAGAUGUUGCCCAUCACCGUUCGCAACAUGCCCUCAAUAAGCCCUCUAAUCCUAAAGCGCCUCAAGCAGGGCGAGACCGGAGCACAGGGACCACCGGGGCCUCCUGGCCCCCCAGGAAGUCCUGGACCUACAGGCACUAGUGGACCCCCUGGUAAACCUGGAGAACCCGGCAAACCUGGAAAGGACCCAAGGAUGCUACCAGGGCUGAAGGGUGAGCCUGGUGUCUCUGGACAAAAGGGUGAUCGUGGUGAGGCGGGUCCAAGUGGACCUGAAGGCCCCAAGGGUCAUAAAGGAGAUCAUGGCCUAAAGGGAGGGCAAGGACUGGCUGGGCAAACAGGAGAAAAAGGAGACAAGGGUGAUCUAGGAAUGCCUGGGAAACAAGGAGUGAAGGGAGAGCCUGGUUUUCCGGGCAUCCCUGGUCAAAAGGGUCAGGCGGGUUUUUCUGGUAUCCCUGGGAAACGGGGUUACAAGGGAGAGAAAGCUGAACCCAGUGCUGCAGGAAGUGGCAUCAAAGGAGAACCAGGUGCCCCAGGACUGCCUGGACCCAAGGGUGAGAAAGGAGAUUAUGGCAUAAAGGGUGAACCUGGUCUGGAAGGUCCCUCUGGACCAAGGGGUCCACCAGGUCCUACAGGCGAGCCAGGAAAGACUUUGAUCAAUGAGAAUGAUAUUCGUAAUGUGCAUUCAAUGGGCCCUCCUGGUCUACCAGGACCUCCAGGGCCUGCUGGCACUCCAGGCUUGAAGGGUGAUAUUGGACUGCCAGGUGCCCCUGGUCAUGAUGGCGAAAAGGGUCCACGAGGAAAGCCAGGAGAACCAGGACCCAUUGGCCCACCUGGACUAGAGGGGCCACGAGGAGAGGGAGGAGUUAUGGGCUUCUCUGGACCAAAAGGAGACAAGGGGGACAUGGGCCCUUCUGGAUCACCCGGUUUAGAUGGCCCUACAGGAGAAAGGGGGCUUUCAGGGCCCCCUGGUCCCAUUGGAUUGCCAGGCCCAAUGGGUCAGAAAGGUGAACCUGGAGAGAAAGGAGACAAAGCAGAGCUGGUUUACGGGCCUGCUGGGCCUCCAGGACCUGCUGGGCCAGUUGGGCCGUUGGGACCUUCAGGUUUGUCAGGACCAAAGGGAGAGCCAGGAGUUGGUUUGAGAGGAGACAAGGGGUCACCUGGACAAAAGGGAGAUAAAGGAGACAGAGGCCAUCUUGGACUCCCUGGGGCUCAUGGUUUAGACGGCAAGCCUGGUCCAGUGGGUCUGAUAGGACCAGCUGGGGUUUCUGGGCCUGCAGGACCAAAAGGAGAAAUGGGGGAAAAGGGAGAUAUGGGAGUAGCAGGACCAAUUGGGCCUCAAGGCAUCCCUGGUUUAGUAGGACCACCGGGAUUAAAAGGAAACCGGGUCUUCUUAUCCCCUUUUCCUCCCCCUGCACCCUGGCCUGUGUCCCGUGGCUCUGUUUGCCGAGUCGGGCCGGGUCGUCCUCUCUGUACCCCUCUCACCCCUGGCCUUCUCCUGCUCCUCCUGCAUCCUAAUGUUUUAGCCUGGGGGGAGAGGGGCAAGAAGGGCAACAGGGGGGCCAAAGGGGAUAAGGGAGACCAGGGAGCCCCAGGAUUAGAUGCCCCGUGUCCGUUGGGUGAUGAUGGUCUGCCAGUACCAGGGUGUUGGAAUAAAUGACGUUAAUUCCAGAAUCUCAUGUUUGUUUGUAUAUAGAAUAUUUAUUUUUGUACUAUUUAUUUUGCCAUUGGUCUGUUAUAUUGAUGGAAAAGAUAAAUACCAUAAACCAUCGAAAAUACUGGCAAGAUUUUUGUACAGAUUGUUUAUUUUUAUUACCGGUAAUGUUGUUUAUGUAAGGGACUUUUAUACUGUACCUAUGCAUUAUGUCCAAAUGUUUUGAUGGAGCAAGAAAUAUACUGUGGCAGCAUAUGCAUGAUAUUUGUGCAUAAUGUUAACUGAUAUGUGCCUAUUAACUUAUUGUAUCAUGAUGUUUUAAUGAUGUGUUGUGUCAGACCACGCUGCACUGAAUAGUGGGGCUGGAGUUUCAAUUUGGCCUUGUGUUAUGAGGACAUCCCUUGCUCUGAGUUGAACAUGGACUUUGUUGGAUAUCACACCGCAACUAAUGAUCUUACACUGUAACUGCAUACUGUAUGUUUACUGAAACUUAAAAUGACUUAUUUGAAGUCCAUAGACGCAGUAUAAUUCAGUUGACAUAUGUUUGUUUCAAUACAUAAAUUAUAAGCAUUUACAUGGCAUGACUUGCUUUUUAGUCUGCUUUCUGUCCAUGUUUAAAGUUAGCAACUGUUUUGUUUUUUUGUUGCCAAAUACACAUAAUUCAAGACAAAAACUAAAAUUGAUCAUUUUUGUUAAACAAUCCACAUGAAGAGAUUUGCCUAGAUGGGCUUUGUGUAAAUAUGUCCUGGAUAUAAGCAGCUAUUUUCUUUCUACCUUUAAUCACAUCUCCAUAUCUAGCCAUUUAAUAGUAGAAAUGAAUUCAUUUUGCAUCUCGUGUGCAAUGCUGCUCACUGUCAAGCAAAUUGUGUUUGCUAACACUUUCCAAGCCCAGCUUUAUACCUCAACUCAAGUACAAAUGAAGUAUCAAGCCAAUGAAGUUAUGAGUAUUAUAAACAUGACAUUUAUGUUAAACUAAUAUUUAAUUCCAAGGAAUGGGUCAUAGAGCAAGACCCCAAGCUAAACCUAUUCUGUGUUUACGCAGUGUUACGUGGAUUGUGUAGGAUUGCUGCUGUUUAUAAUGAGAAGCUCUGUUUUGCCAAUAAGUUAAGCUUGGUUUGUAAUCAUCUGUCUAUGCAUCUGUAAUACCUCAUACUAACAUGUGCCUUAAUGCUUUACCCUGCCAAAGUAGUUUUAAGACAUAUCAGCAAUAAUGUCAAAGAAGCUAUGCUGUCUACAUGAGGAAUAUAAGAAAAUAAAUGGCUGUCAUUCUUUCAGCCGAACUGUUUUCUACAAAGUCUUGUUUGUUCAUUGUCAUGUUUUUUUACUUACCAUAUACGUGUUUGUUUGCAUAGUGGUGAAAUGUUUAUAAAGAGACCAAGAAAAAUUAACCCCCUCCGGCUGUUCAUAUGUUGCAUUGUGUAUUUGUGCUUGUUGUGCAUCUGGCAAACGUGUUAAAACUGCAUCACUGAUUUGAAGCUUAUAGCUUAUAUUUUGAAGAAUGGGUGAUUCCACACACGGUAAUGGUAAGAGUAUUAACACUUUUGUAACAACUUGAUGUCCCAUGCAUGUCAUCAUUUCCAUAUGAACGAAUGUCAAGUUUAAAGAACUUUACAGAAUGUUACAGUCAACUACAAAUGUUUUUGUCUGUCA